AUGUGUCUCGCUCACAACGUACUCAUCCGAGGACUUAACGCCAUAUACCUCCAAGGACCCAACGUAAAAGAUCCCAAAGAUGUGACCGACUUUGCGUUCUUCUGUAACGCGUGGGUAAAAACUGUGCACCACCACCACGACGCCGAGGAAAAAGUGCUGUUUCCAGAGCUCCAAAAGUUCACUCAGGAUGCAAACGUCAUGAAAGAGAAUCUAGAACAACAUCAAAAGUUUUUUGAGGGGAUGUUCGAAUUCGAUCGUUACAUGCGCGAGCUUGACCGCAACUCUUUUGACUGGAAUGCUACGAAGGCAAAGUUGGACGCUUUCGCUCCGGAUCUAAUGCGGCACCUGAAUGACGAAAUCCCUACGAUUCUAAGCCUAAAGAAAUACGACAGCGAGGGGAUUCGCAAAGUAUGGAAGAAAACCGAAGACGAAGCGAAAGGUGACGUUCGACUGCCAAACAUGUUUGACACGAUUCUACCGAUGGUGCUUGGGUGUGCGGACAAGACAUUUGAGGACGGGAAACACAAAUUCCCCCCUUUCCCAUUCUUCAUGCCGUAUUUGGUGGAUUAUUGGUUCGCAGGCACGCACAGAGGAGCAUGGCGAUUCUGUCCUUGCGAUAUGUAUGGCAACCCUAAGCCACUAGCUUUUGCGUCAUAA